AUGUGCGCAGAAACAGAAGCUGUCACUCAAAGCAAUUCUUUUCGUAACUGUCCACAUCCACUGCACGCCUCAAGAACAUGGAUACCGGUUCAAGUACUGCCAAUGGGUAUGAAGAUAAUGAGGAUCUCAGUCCAGAAGAUUUGUCAGAAAUGCUGGGUGCAGGAACUCGAUUUUCUUAGGGGUAACAUUUGCAAAGAGCUAUUUAAGCUUGGCGUUGUGGCACUAUACUACACUUACACAGCAUUGGAAGAGGAAAUUGAGAAGAAUAAAGAUCAUCCUGAUUUUGCUCCUUUAUAUUUUCCAUCAGAGCUGCAUCGUCAUGACGCCUUGACUCGUGACAUUGAAUUCUUUUAUGGUCCUGAAUGGAAAAGCCAAAUUAGCUGCUCUGAAGCCACAAAACUGUAUGUAGAACGCAUUCAUAAAGUGGGACAGGAGGACCCAGUGUUGCUGGUGGCUCACGCCUACACUCGCUACAUGGGAGACUUGUCGGGAGGUCAAAUCUUGAAGAAGGUUGCACAGAGGGCUCUCAAGCUCCCACCUACAGGGGAAGGCCUAGAGUUCUAUCAUUUUGAAGGCAUUCAUAGCGCCAAAGCAUUUAAACAGCUUUACCGCAGUCGUAUGAAUGAACUAGAGCUGGACAUUGAUACAAAGAAAAAAGUUGUGGCUGAGGCUGUUGAGGCCUUCAUCUUAAACAUACAGGUAUUUGAAGAAAUAGACAAGGUAGGUAAGAGCAUCCCCAGGGAGGUUCUGGAUGCCAGCGUGUUCCAUCAUGGAGCAAUGGAAGGAGACAUUAAUAAAUGUCCUUACUAUGCUGCCAAGAUGGCAGCCUCGGGAGGAAAGGCAUAUGCUGGUCAACUCGCCAUGGCUGUCCUCAGACACCCGACUGGACAGGUCUUCUUUGCUGCUUGGUUUGCGGCUUUGGCUGGGCUGGCUGCAUGGUAUUUAAUGUGA